AUGCGUCGACUUUACCUAACAGACAGGCAUUUGCGUGUGAUGCUUUGGUGCAUUCUUCUGGGAUUACAACCAACAUUUGCUGGAAUUCUAGACCCCUUUAACUGGGCCCGUUCUGAUCGAAUUGAGGUCAAUAUACCGUGGCUGCCAUUUGAAAACGAAACAAGAUGUUACGAUGAACUGGGCUGCUUAAACAUCACAAGAAGUUGGUACCAUCUUAUACAUCGACCGUUCAACGUUUUUCCACUACCGAGAGUAGUUAUAAACACGAGAUUCAUUCUGUACACGAAAAUGAAUCCUACUGAUGGUCAGAUUUUGAACGUGAACAUGAAUAAGACCAUAAUUAAAUCUAAUUUUAAUCCGCGACGUCUGACGAAAAUGAUCAUUCACGGCUUCAUUGAUACACCGUUAUCGAAUUGGGUUAGUGAAAUGAAGGAUGAACUAGUUAAAGCGGAUGACUACAAUGUGAUAGUUGUAGAUUGGGCGGGUGGAAGCCUACCGCUUUACACCCAAGCCACAGCAAAUACAAGGCUCGUCGGUCUAGAAGUAGCGCACUUUAUAAACACCUUACAGAAAGAUCACGGCUUAAAUCCUCUCGACGUUCACAUUAUCGGCCACUCUUUGGGCGCACACACUGCCGGUUACGCCGGUGAAAGGAUACAGAAUUUAGGAAGGAUAACAGGCCUGGAUCCCGCCGAGCCAUACUUCCAAGGAAUGCCCACACAUGUCAGGUUGGAUCCAACGGACGCAGAGUUUGUUGAUGUCAUUCACACAGACGGCAAAAGCAUUUUUCUAUUAGGGUACGGAAUGUCACAACCUGUGGGGCAUUUAGACUUUUACCCGAACAAUGGAAAAGAGCAGCCCGGCUGCGACCUAACCGAAGGCCCAUUGAUACCACUCACCUUGGUGAAGCAAGGUUUAGAAGAGGCGUCCAGAGUAUUGGUGGCCUGCAAUCACGUAAGGGCAAUCAAACUAUUCACUGAAUCCAUAAAUGGAAAGUGUCCGUACAUAGGACAUCAAUGUCCCUCAUAUCAACAUUUCCUGUCCGGCAAAUGCUUCAACUGUGGUCAUGGCUGUGCAGUUAUGGGAUUCCACGCAGACAGUUCUCCCGGCCUGAUUGCAAAUAAGAACAACCAAUCUGAAAACGAGGUGUUCCCCUCUGAAGAACAAGAAACAAUCGGUGCUAAAUACUAUUUAAGUACCGGAAAGGAGCAACCGUUUUGCCAUCGUCAUUAUAAGGUAACAAUUCAACUGGCCAACCCAAAAGGAGCGGAAUCUUGGGUUCAGGGCUUUUUGAAAGUAACACUGCUAUCAGAAAGAGGCGUUAUAAGAGGCAUGGAUCUAACACCGAAUAAUUACGUCAAAUUAGAACAUGGGACUACUUACGCAAUUGUUGUCACUCAUCCUAUAGACCUAGGCGGUAAAAUAAGAAAAGUAGAGUUAUCGUGGGAAUAUGACAUGAACGUACUGGAGCCGCGAUCGCUAUGUAUUCUAUGGUGUAAUGACCGUCUUUACGUUAAGUCGGUCCUUGUUGAUCAAAUGGAGUUGCCUAGUCGGGGAAAAAGAAACGUAGACUUCAGCAGUAAAUUGUGCACGCCAAAACGCGAGUUCGCCGAGAUUCCAAACCGAGGUUCUGCAAGUUUUUAUGACAACUGCGGCAGG